UCAAAUUAAACUGAUCUUCAAGUGAAAUUCAAAAAAUUUCAGAUCCUUUAUCUUCAUCGCUCCCUCCUCUCUCCGUUUGAUUUUGUUUUUCUUUCCUCUGAAAUUUCCCUUUAUUUUUCAUUCUACAGCCAAGAGGUAAAAUCACGUACUCAGUACCUCAUUUCAGGAAUCUGCUUUGCCCGGUGAGGGUUUUGAGGCUCGGAUAAUCUAAAGCUAGGGCUUUACUGCCCAAGACAGUGGAUUUAUCAUUUUCCGGAUCAGAAAUGGGAAAUCUGUCGGAGAAUUUCGAUAUCCAGGAUCUGAUGUCUUAUGGAGACGAUUUGAUCAACUUAUUAAAUGUUAAGAAUGGUUUUGAGGUGGUAUCUCAAAGUUUCGACCACUUGAAAGCUCUCCAUUUCGCUUGCGACGAGGAUUUCAGCCAGAUACAGGGAUCUAUUCAAGAUUGUAAGAAGAAACUCGAUGCUUGCAAGAAGAAAACGGAGGAAUCGUAUUCAGAUUUUUCGGCUGGAGAUGACAUUGAACGUCUUCAGAAAGAGCUUGACGAAGAGAUGAAACUAGAAUGCAAUCUAAAGGACGAGCUUAGAGUCGUCGCUAAUGAACUCAAAGACCUGAAUGCACAAUGGACAUCGAUUGAUGAACAGAGGCAAUCGAUGAAGAGAAAAGAGCGGGACGACUUGAGAGCUGAGAAAAAGCUCUCUAUGUAUGCUUCUGUCACAAAAGUUAUACCAAAGAUUGAUGAUCCAUCAAAGAUCUCAGGCUAUAUGGUAGAUCGCGAGAAAAGGGUAAUUGAGAAGUUCCAAUUCGAGACAGAUAAGAUGACGGCCUAUGAGACCUGUAACAGCAUUUGGAGCAUUAUAAACAAGCAAUAGACAGAAACGGGUUCCACUUCACUUGUUUGAUAUGUCUGUCUGACCAGUCUUGGCUUUAGCUUAGAAACCAUAACCUCUUUACCCACCUACGGUUCCUUACGUGUAAAAUCUUCUUUCUGUUUUGCAAUUUCUAUAUCACAUUGUUUCUCUGUGUUAUUUUCCAAUUAACAAUGUUUUAGUUUC